GUUUCAUUCAUGAACGCUUGGACUGCAGCCAUAAUACAUUUGUAAUCUGUAUUGUGUACGGGUACACCGCGUUAGUGCUGCCGAUGUGCGUGCGCCUCACAGUUGUACACGUGAUUCUUGUUUUGUGUUCGGUUCACUUUUUGUGUUUUUCCUGUGCAUUAUCCGACCGCUUGACACUGUUGCGUUCCCCAUUGGAUUUUACGUCGGAAAACAGCCAGCAUGGAUAUGGAAUCCCUGUACGACUACGGGGACGAGGAACAGGACUUCUACGAGGAGAGUCCUGGGACCAGGAAGGGCUACCCAAUCGAUCACAGAUCCAUCAAGCGCGAUGCUAGAGGCGUGGGCAGCUAUCUGGGAGGCGGCAGCAUUAACGACGGCGGCGGCGUGUUGACGGUUAUGGCGAAGCUGAUGAAACAGGAGCUCACCUCCGACGCCGAGGAAGAGGGCCUGGUGCCUGCCCUCUCCGGCAGGUUCACCUCGAUGCGGAAGGUGCCCUCUCUCUCCGACCUGUCCGAUCCCGAGAGCUCCCUGGAUAUCCCGGCGCAAGUGCCGCCGUUAACACCUGGGACCAACAAGAAGAUGACCGAGGCGCUGGAGGCCUCUUUCGCCUCCUGGGAGAAGGAACGAUUUCGCCUGAACAUAACCAAAGACCCGAGGCACUGGUCGGAAGCAGCUGUCGCCCACUGGUUGCACUGGGCGAUCGGCGAGUUUUCCCUGGAGGGUGUGGCGAUGCAGCCCUGGCAGCACAUGACCGGGAAACAGAUUUGUGCCAUGGGGAAGGAGUCGUUUUUGGCACGUGCGCCGGCCUUCAUGGGCGAUAUCCUGUGGGAACACCUCGAGAUCCUCCAGAAAGAUGUCGACGCGGCGAAGGCCUCUCUGGAGAACCUGCCGGGCAGCGCGCACGAAAGCGUGUGCGUGCCAGAUUUAGGCGAUUUCCUGGGGUACCAGGGCGCGGCCCAUCAGGUGGCGGCUACGCCGAAGCACAAGGGCCCAGCUACGCCCGCGAGUUCCGCCGCCCCGAGCGCCUCGGGCCCGAGAACCGGGACUCAACCGCAACCACCGUCGUCCACGUUGCAACCGUCCUCCACCGCAGUUUCUCUACCCUCGAGACAGUAUCAUAACGAUGGAGGCUACAACCAUUUCCGCAGUCCCGUGUGCCAAGACGAGAACCAGGGAGACGAGACCUCGCCGCCGCCGCCGCACAGCCAUACCACCCAACCCCCGAACUCCCAUUCCAGCACGCCCAACAGUAACAACAACAAUAACAACAAUAAUACCGCGAACAACGCGUACAUUCAUCUGCGGAACUUAAAUCAACUCAAAACGGAGUAUGACGGCAACGAUCUCGCGGGUACAGGGACCAACGAGAGCGAUCUCAGGGUCAGCCAGGCCGCCACGGAGAGCUAUAUGACACCGGCUCAUUACUCCGGGUACGAUGAGGCCUCCGAGUACCACAGUCUGCCGCAGGAUCAUCAACCGCCUCAUGCCUACAAUCUAGACGGUUCGCCGGAGUUUUACAGUACCAGUGGAAUUCAGCUCGAGCCGAAGUAUCAACCGUCUCCGUUCAAGAACUAUCCUCGUGGUCGCUACCACGAGGGGUACAGUGAGAGCGGUUACGGACAGUAUGAUACGACGCCAUUCCAAACGGUUCCAGGAAGCGGAAGCGGCGGUGGAGCUGGCGGCGUCAGCGGCGACCAAUGGGCGGUUGGUCCCAUUGGAGAACACUUGCCCCAUCAUCCCGCUUUCCUCGCGGGUCUCGGCCCCAGGGACUCUUCUAACCCCCAUCAUCCCUCCUCCAUCGGCAACAACAACCCUGAUCAGAAGCCCCUGCUGCCGAGCGCGAUGAUCGCCGGUUAUACAAGCAGCGGACCAUGCUUCACCGGUUCAGGCCCCAUUCAGCUGUGGCAGUUCCUGUUGGAGCUCUUAACAGACAAGUCCUGCCAAGGCUUCAUCUCGUGGACCGGCGACGGCUGGGAGUUCAAGCUGACGGACCCGGACGAGGUGGCGCGUCGCUGGGGGAUCCGCAAGAACAAGCCUAAAAUGAACUACGAGAAGCUGAGCCGCGGUCUCCGCUAUUACUACGACAAGAAUAUUAUUCAUAAGACCGCUGGGAAGCGGUACGUCUACCGUUUCGUCUGUGACUUACAGAGUCUCCUAGGAUACAGUCCGGAAGAGCUCCACGCAAUGGUGGACCUGAAACCAGAAAAGAAGGAAGAAGACUGAGUUUUUGUUACCGGAAGCGUUUAAGGACUGUGUCGUUGAUCGGGGAAUUGAAUUGAUUAAUUCCUGGAUGUCGGACUGGAACAAAAACGAAACUGAACAUGUAACGAACAAUGUGUAAAACGAACAAACGAUGGAGGAACAAAAAAGUAAAACAGUGAAUCGCUGACGAAUCAAUUCUUUGUAAUGUUUCGAAGACGUAGAAAAUCGCGCGCGCCCGCGCACUCGCGCUCGCGAGGGUCUUCUUUUCUACGUUCAGAUGUAAUAAGAAAAAUCGAAUCGGUCGUAUGUACCAAAGACAGGGUCUGCAUACCAUUGGUGCCUAAAGAUAAUGACAACAAAAAAUUGUGAGAAUUUGUUUCUAAGUGAUUAAUUUGCCAAGCCAGAUUUUAGAAGAUAUUUAUAGGAAAUAACUCAACAAUUUAUACAUAUUAUAUAUAAAUAUAUAUAUAUAUGUAUAUAUAUACAUACAUCUAUAGAUACAUAUGUGUAUACAUGUAUGUAUAUAUAUUUUUAAUGUUACAUGAUUUCUAAGCACUACGUCAAGCCACACGAUACGUCUAAAUUAUUUAUAUAUGUCCCCCAUCAUUUUAAACGUGCGUGUUAUAUCUCGUUGACAGAUGACACCAUAUGUGAUUGUUAUUACUAUAAUUUUACUACAAUAAAGCCAUUAAUACCAUUUUA